CCGCACGCAAUCGAAGUUCAAUCUAGUUCUCAUGGUUUUCUACUGAAUAAAUAUGUACAUACAUGUACAUGACCUGCAAACAAAACGCCGCCUACAAUGCAUAGUGGGUACAAAGUCAUGUUAUUCGAACAAGCAUGAUGCAGCAAAAAUUGUAUUUUGAAACGGAUAUCUCCUAAACCUCAGUGCUCACUCUGUUAAAAAGUUCUUAAACAACGAGGCUACAAAGACUGACUUGCCUUUUUCGAAAUAAAGUCAUGGAAACUGUUAAGAAAUCCAGUUUCGAUUUCUUCGCAGACUAUGCGAUUUACGGUCGGGAAGUCCUCAUUUUUGCGACAGUUCUUCUCUUCGUCCGCUGGAUUCUUCUAUCACAAUGGUCCUACAGCAGCAAGUCUAAGACGUUAGCCCCUCCCUUACCAUACCCACCUGGCCUGCCGUUCUUCGGAAACAUGUUCAGCUUCCGAACCGACAUGAGAGACAUCCUUCGCAAAUGGACCAACGAUCUUGGAGGUCUUUUCCGGCUUCGUAUCGGCCCGUUUGUUGACCUCGUCGUGAUCAGCGACGUCGACGCGAUACAGGAGGCGUUUGUUGAUCAGGCCAACGCGUUCUCGGAGAGAGAUAUUCCGCCAUUGCUCGAGGUCGCCAUGGGUACCAAAGGCAGCAUAUUCUGGGAGCCUGGUCACAAAUGGAAGCAACUGCGGCGAUUCGGACACAGAGCCUUGAGACAUUUCGGACUUAAUCAAGGAAGCAUGGAGGACAGCAUUAUAGAAGAAGGGCGACUUAUGGCAGAGGCGUUCGAGAUGAAGGAGGGAACACAAUUCAAUCCGAAAGUGCUUGUUACAAACACAGUCGGUAACGUCAUUACAAGAUUUGUGUUUGGAUUUCGUUUUGAGUACGGCGAUCCAGUCUUUGAAAAACUCGCCGAAGAUUUCGAGCAUUUCUUCGAAAGCUUUUCCGUGACGUCACUGGGGAGUGUCUUCCCGUUCCUCUACUACACUCCACUGUACACUAACUUUCGACGCCCCAUUCAAAAUGUCGUGUCGUACAUCAAGUCCGUGGUCAAUGACCACAGACGGAGCUUUGAUCCCCUCCAUCUCCGGGACGUCAUCGACCUCCACAUGGCGGAGGUCAAAGGGCAACGUGAUGAGAACAAGAUGGCUGCCAUGGAAGAGGGUUGGGAGUGGAAGUUUAUCUUUGAGCUCUACUCUGCUGGCCUAGCAACAACCACUGAUACCCUGCGAUGGGCAAUACUCAUAGCGGCACAACAUCCACAGCUCGUGCACGAGGUCCAAAAGGAGAUUGAUGACGUCAUAGGAGGGCGGUCACCAAAGUUUUCGGACCAGAGUUUGAUGCCCCUCACUGGAGCGACGAUGUUAGAAAUCACACGAAUUCGCCCGGUGGUCCCUUUGGGAGUUCCCCGCUGCACAUCCAGGGACGCUGUUGUACAGGGGUACCAUAUUCCAAAGAAUACGACUGUUUUGAUGAACUUGUGGGAGCUGCAAACCAGUCCAAAGUACUGGAAGGAGCCUGAGAAAUUCAACCCAUAUCGGUUCUUGAGUGAGGAUCGUAAGACGAUCGUGAGUCACCGCGCUCUCAACCCAUUCGGGAUAGGUCUCCGUGUGUGUCUUGGUGAAAAGCUGGCCAGGAUGCAGCUCUUCAUCAUCCUCACAAGUCUACUCCAGAGAUUCACACUUCGUCUAGCAGACGAUAGUCUUUCUGUCGGUAUGGAGGGCAAGGCUGGAAUCGCUUACGGUCCACUGGACUACAACAUUGUUUUGGAAAAGCGUCACGUGUGAAAAGGACAAGCAGUUCCGUUAAACAGAAAGUAGUCUCUUUAACCUGUUGCGGGCGAGGUGUCACUUACAAGUAUGGCCAAUAAUUACUCACUGGAAAGAAGGAAGCAUGCAUUUGACAAUCGUAUAAGUUUAAGGUCAACUGAGUAUCGUACAGUCAAAAAAUUAACACAAAUAGAGACACCUCUCAGGAUCUGGGAUAUAAGAGGGCGUCCCCAGAAAUCUAGCAAUGUUUUGAUGACGUCACAUCACGGACCACUCCCCAAAAAAUGAAAAGUUAAA